UCAAAUUUGAAUUUUUUUAAUAUCGUUUAGGUGUAGAACUAAUAGAAGAAUAAUAUGGCAAAAAAGGCUGAAACAGUCACAUAAUUAAGCGCUAAACCUUGUCGAUAUUUAAAAACAAUAAUCGAAUUCCGAAAUAAGUUAUGUGGUAUAUCAGUGCGGUUUCAUAAUAUAUUAGGCGCGAUUUUUAUUUACCUUUGCAUACUUUGAAAUAAAUAGUAUAGUGGAAUGCAUAAGUAAUAACGUACCGCCGGUUAAACUGUUUGGGAAUUUGGUGACAAUAUUUAUUUAUUUUUAAUACAAACAAUUAUGGUCUAUCAAAUUAGAAGAUUCUCCUUGGCGGUGUUAGUUUUGGUGCUGUUAUCGCUGAUCAUUUGUUCCUACGUGGACAUCAAUUUGAGUUCCUUCAAAACCAAGCCAUUUCGAAUUCUAGGUUCUCUUACACAACAACAAAAGUACCUGAUCAACACCAGCGCCUGUAAAAUCCCCGAUCUCGCUCCCCUCAACGAAGAUGUAUUGCCGUUUGUGGAUAAAGAAGAAUACGAACCAUGUUCCGACAAACCGUUACUAUCCUACAUAGAGAAAACCCGUGAGGGAGAAGUGAAACUUAAAAUCAACGAAUCUGUGAUUGCUUUGUAUAGCGCCUUUAGUAUCAAAUGUUGUUAUUCAUAUAUUUUAAGGAAGGAUGGAGACUCGUCUGUGACGCACACAAGUUGCCUAAAGUUCCAAAGCGAAGUUACCCUUAACCAUCCACAUGUUAAAGUAGUUUGUAAGAGUUUUUUGGGUACAGUUUACCAGAACGUUCACGCAACAAUAUUAACCAAAGAGCCCUCCAAAGGUGAUUCGGUUACUUCUAAUAAUAAGCUUAAAAUACUCAUGAUGGGAAUCGACAGUGUAUCGAGGCUAAACCUGGAACGCUCUCUACCAAAACUGCAGGCAUACCUGGAAAGAACCUUCAUCGGCUUCAAGGGAUACAAUAAAAUCGAAGAUAACACUUUUCCCAAUCUGAUGGCCAUAUUGUCAGGACGAAGUAUGGACACCUUGGAGCCGCACUGCGUCAGAAGCGAACCGUUCGAUAAUUGCGAUAUUUUAUGGAAUAUAUUUAAAGAUUACGGUGUUAUCACUGCUUAUGGUGAAGACGAACCGUUUUUAAACACGUUUACUUAUUAUAAAAAGGGAUUCAUCGACCCGCCCACUAGCGUGUACUUAAGGCCUUAUUUCUUGUCGGCCUAUUUGUUGCCAAUGACUUAUAAGCAUUCAAUGGGGGUCUGCACUGGGCCACAGAACACUGGAGAAAGAAUGUUGGAUGCAGCAAAAGAUUUCUUGGUAACUUUCAGGAAUAAUUCGUUUUUCGCCUUUUACUGGAUGAACAGCUUUAGCCAUGACAACGUGAAUUUCGCCAGCACCAUGGAUGAGCAACUGAUCAACUUUUUUACACACUCAGUCGUGCAAGAGGCCAUGAAGGACACCGUGAUCAUUUUCUUCAGUGACCACGGGUUCAGAUUCGGGGAUAUUAGGUUUACUUACUCCGGUUGGCUCGAGGAGCGUUUACCCUUCCUAUACGUUUACUUCCCGGAACGGUUCCGUCAAAUCAACCCUCACUACUUGAAGAACUUCCAGUUUAACGCGCACACUCGCCUCACGACUCCUUACGACUUGUACAUGACUUUACAGGAUCUUUUGAAGAUGUACAAUGACAGUUAUGCAAUAAGGCCCAGUCCGGGUUGUCCUAAAUGCAAAUCACUGUUUGCACUGAUGCCAGAAAGUCGGUCCUGCGAGGACGCCGGGAUACCGAGGCACUAUUGUACCUGCGACGGGUACAGUCGAGUAUCGCUUACAGAUCCCGCGGUCCUCGCAGUAGCCGAGUUUGUCGUAAAGGAAGUGAAUGAUCUCAUAAAUGGUUUCGGUGAUGAAGGAUCCAAAUGUGCCACGUUUACUUUAAAGACCAUCGAGACUGUCGUUAAAUCGGAUACGGAUGCGAUUUAUCUAAUUUUAGUCAAGACUUAUCCUUAUGCGAUGUUCGAGGCGACGGUACGGGUCAAGAAGAAUAACGACCACGAGUUGCUGGGUCAGAUAAGCAGGCUGAAUAAGUACGGGGCGUACAGCAGCUGCGUCCACAACGAUAUUUUGAAGAAAUAUUGCUUCUGCGAUAGUUGGUCCACGUUGAUAUUGAGCAACGUUUGCUACUUGUUCAAGUGUCAAGUGUACUGAUUCGACUGACUGUAUAAUGUUAAAUGGAAAUUUAUUAUUUAUUUAUUUUUGUGAGAGCUGUGACUAAUGAAUAUUAAGAAAGAUGUUGUUUUUUUUUGUAUUUUAUAGAGAAAUUUGUAUGAAUAAAUAUAAAGUUUUUUUUUAAA